AUGUCCAUUCAUUACCUUCUAGUGCUCAAUAGGCAAGGAAAAACGAGAGUCGCCAAAUGGUUCGACAACGCAUACACUGAAAAAGAAAAGCAGGAACACAUCAACGAGAUCCACAGACUUAUAUCUCUGCGUGAUCUGAAGCAUCAGUCAAACUUUGUGGAAUUCAAGAAUAACAAGCUUGUCUACAGGCGGUACGCCGGGUUGUACUUUGUCGUGCUGAUUGACUAUAUCGACAACGAGUUGACGUAUUUGGAGUCGGUCCACUUCUUCGUCGAGAUUCUUGAUACCUACUAUGACAAUGUUUGCGAGCUUGAUCUUGUGUUCAAUUUCCACAAGCUAUAUGUGGUGCUAGACGAGAUAUACCUCGGAGGUGAGCUUCAAGAAAUCCUGAAGUCCCGGGUCCUACAACGACUUGCUUACCUUGACGGGUUAAGUAAUUGA